CUGACAGCUAAACUCAUUACUCCGAUAAACCAACCGUUAUGGCAGGUCAAGUUGGGGCUCUUGUGAACGCGAAGUGGUUAGCCGAUGCAAUAAAUAAUAACAGAGUAGGGCCGAGUUUACGGAUUCUGGACGCGUCUUGGUACCUGCCUAAACUACAGCGCAAUGCAACGGAAGAGUUUAAACGAUGCCAUAUUCCUGGAGCCUCAUUUUUCGACAUCGAUAAAUGUUGCGACACAACCUCGCCGUAUGAACACAUGCUGCCAACAGAGAGCGAGUUUGCGGACUAUGUCGGAAAUUUAGGAAUUGCGAAUAACACUCACGUCGUUGUUUACGAUGGCACCGACUUUGGCUCAUUCUCCGCGCCUCGGGUGUGGUGGAUGUUUAGGUUUUUUGGCCAUAAUUCAGUGUCAGUACUAAACGGUGGACUUAAAAAUUGGCUACGGGAAAGUCAUCCAGUCACAGAUCAGUAUUUCAAACCAGAGUGUACCAGCUUCAAAACUUCCAUAAACGCCUCUUGUGUGAAAACCUAUGAAGACGUUCUGGAAAACAUAACAAGCAAAAAGUUUCAGCUCGUCGACGCCAGAGUUGAGGGACAAUUUCGUGGUAUUGAACCCGAACCACGGGAAGACACAGAACCUGGCCAUGUGCCCGGCACCAUCAACAUGCCAUUUCCCUCCUUUAUGGACUCGUCUGGACUGGAACGGCCUGUCGAGGAUCUGACAGAGCUGUUCAAGCAGGCGGGGGUCGACCUUCAGAAGCCCUUCUGGGUCUCCUGUAGCUCGGGUGUAACUGCUUGCCACAUCGCCUUGGCUGCAUAUCUGUGUGGGAAUGCAGAUGUGUGCCUUUAUGACGGGUCAUGGACCGAGUGGUUUGCUAAAGCUGCACCUGAACAUGUCAUCUCUGAGGGUAAAGGCAAACAGCUGUGAGAGGGCUCAUUUAAUUGCAGGGUUUAGGAACUGGCCCUGAAAGUUCUGCAAACAGUAAAAACAGAUGUCCUUGAGAUUGUGCUUUUGUUUUAUUGUCUGCACACUAAUAUCUAGUUUUCUAGGAAUCACUUUCCACUUUGUUACUUCAGAGAUUUAGAAUUUAAGCCCAUAAUUCAUAAAGGCUGAAAAGGAACAAUCAAAAUAGAUAAAACAUUAAUUCCUAUUUUGUUUUUGUUAGCCAUUUAUAAUAAAACUAUGAAGGACCAGUAUAAGUGAAUGAAUAGUUGUGUCUCACUGGGGCUCAGUAGUCUAUAAUCAGGACAUGGGUCUUUAUUAAAGGAUGAAAAAUAACAUUACUGAUGUAGCCUGUGCACUGAAAUUAGGUAAUGUGACAGAUUACUACAUGACAGUUCUGUCUGGCUAGCACACACUGGUCUAGCUAGCACUUACUGUGUGUGUGUGUAUAUGUUUAUGUAAGUGCUAGCUAGACCUGCUUGGUGCUUAUAGGAUUUAUGGCCCUUUGUCAAGGGAUGGAUCUAAUUAUACAUUGUGUAGGAUUAGAUUUAAAUGUUUUACUGAGUGUCCUUUUGAAUAUUUUAUGCAUUGAUUUGUUAAAGUAUACCUGAGUAUACUACAUGUAACCAUAUUGUAGUGCUAAUGGAAGUUAAUCAACCAAGUUGAGUAAACCUCAACGAGCCUUUCUGAAGUUCAGUAGGAGGGUUUAAACAAUGAAGAGGCAAAUCUGGAUUUCAUAAAUGUAUUACAAUAACAGCAACUGUAGAAGUACAAUUCAGGCCAAAAAACUGAAUAAAAUAAAUAAAAGUU